CUUUCGUGCCUUUAUAUAAUCACAUCUGCAUACCUGCUACGUUGCACGUGACUGUCUCAUCAUUCCGUCUGGUGAUCUCCAGUCGAUAUCGAAAGGUAUGUCAGGAGGCUGAGAUGAAGCAACCUCGCCUACCCAAUGGAUGCGCAGACAUUUCUGGCAUGGCUGAGACUGUAUACCCUUCUCGACUGGGAACAGUCCACGUUCUUUGUCGAAACCAAGAACAACAAAGACGGCGAUUUCAAGCUGGCCGUCUACCAAGACAGUACACGUCCGCUUCUGGUAAUGUAUAGUGAACCAUGUUCUUUGUUCGAAGCAAAGCCUCUUAUGAUAAAUACUGGGUGUUCGUCGUUCUACACAAUUAGCCUGCAUUUCAACAACGGUGGGAACAUUUUUUCUUUUCCUUUACAAUGCGUGUGCUCAGUUUCUUUGCCUCAUCAUUCCUCUUGGGCGGCCUUGGAGGUCAUGCCGCUGCCCAACAUGAUCCGACCACCUUGAUCACUGCAGCACCCGAACAUUCUUCGGCUGUUCAUGCCAACUCAAUUGAAGUCGAAGAAAUUCAAAAGCGAAGCCCUCCUGCAGGUGUCUAUGUAUGCAGUGGUCCGAACUGGACUGGAGAGUGUGCGUGGCACUCAAUCAGCGAAAUGACCUGUGCAAACUUCCCGUGGACGAGCGAUAUUUCAUUCGGACCCCCAAAUGGCUGGCAAUGUAAAUUUUACUACUCUGAAGGCUGCACUGGGCAAAUGACCCCUGGCAAGCUUACAUUCCCGGGCACGACCAACUUUGCAUACCACUUUGGCAAUGAAGUGCCGAAAAACUACAAGUGCCGCCCAUGCCCAAGUGAUCCUGGCUGUAUCAAUAACAAUGCUCCGGACUUCUUCGAGGCUCAGGCAAAGCUGGGAGAGGUUGCAGCCAACGGGAAAUGUUCCUACUACUCUCUCGGGAAUGUGUUUACUCGACCGUGCUGAUUCUACGAUUGGUUCAGUGCAGUGCGUGUAUGAGUCCUGGUCCCGCGUUGGAUCGUGGAGCAAAUGGAAAAUCCGGGGAACAUCUCAUAUACCUGCUAGACGGGCUGGGAUUGACGUCAUUUAGUAGGCAAUAUAUCAUCAGCCCAUCUUCGUCUCAUCACUUCA